UUUAUUAUCUACACAACAACAACAACAACAACAACAAACACAAUUAUCGGCAUCAUCAAUUAAUUCCAAUAUGGAUCCACAUUCACAUCCACAUCCGCAUUCACAUCCGCAUCAUCAUCAUAAUGUUAUGAUUGGUUCAAACAAUAUCGGUACAAUACGUUCACCAGAUAAUUUAUCAUCAUCAUCAACAACAUCAAAAUCACCACCAAGUCCAACAUUACCUACAACAAAUUCAUUAUUAGCUGCUGCAGCGGCUGCUGCUGCUGCUGCUGCUACUACCGCUUCAAAUAAGAAUGGUAAUGAUUUAAUCACAUCAACAUCACCACAUAAUAAUCAUCAACAACAACAACAACAACAAUCAAUUAUGGCAAAUAAUGCAGCCGCUGCAAGUUUAUUACAUGCAGCAAUAGCAACCGGUAAUGUACCGGCAGCAAUGUCAUCAACAUUGGCACAAAUGUUUCCAGGAACAUUUCCAUUACAUGUUGCUGCGGCAGCUGCUGCUGCUUUUUAUGGUCAACAACAACAACAACAAUCUGGACAACAACAACAACAAUCUACAGGUCAAUCAUAUCUAUAUUCACAACAACAACAACAACAACAGCAGCAGCAACAACAACAACAACAAUUAUCAUCAUUAUUAGCAAAUGCAGCGGCAAGAAUGACACCAAAUGCUGCAUUUACGCUUGGUCUACAAUCUUCAGGAAAAAAACUUAAUGAAUUAAAUGAAUCAAAAUUAUCACCACCAACACAACAGCAACAAUCACCUAAUAAUAAUAAUAACAAUACAUUAUCAGCAAUGUAUGCAGCAGCGGCUGCAGCAGCCGCUGCUGCUGCUGCAACAUCAUCAAAUAAUGUUCCAAUUAAUCAUCAUCAUCAUCAUCAUCCAUUAAUGCCAUUAACAAAUAUGAUGGCUAAACAACAGCAACAGCAACAACAACAACAACAAGGACAUUUAUCACCACAGAUUGAUAAUCAUCAUCAUCAUCAUCAAACAACAUUAAGAUCAUCAUUGGGUCAUCAUGUCCAUCAUAAUGGUGGACCAACAUCAUCUUUAUCUUCAUCAACAACAUCAACAUCGACAUCAUCAUCAUCAUCAUCAUCAGCAACAUCAUUAUUAUCACCAAUAUUAUUCAGUCCAUUAGGUGGUACAACAACAACAGCAACGGCAACAGCAGCAGCAACAAAUGAAUCAAUUAUACCAUUUAAUAAUCAUAAACAACGUAAAUCAAUGAUAAUCGAUGUUGUUGGAUCAGAAGUGGCAUCAACUACAGCUGAAUCACCAUAUACAGGAAAUUGUCACCGGAUUGCCACACGUACACCAAGUUCACCACCAAUGGGACAAUCAGGUCCAACAGCAGCCAAUUCAUCAUCAUCAUCAAUAGCAGCAACAAUAACGGGAAAUCAAUUUUCUAAUAUGAAUAACAAUGGCGGGCAACAAUCAUCAUCAUUAUCAUCAUCAUCAUUGAUUGGUGGCCAAAUGACAACAAAUAAUGGUAAUAACAAUGGAAAUGGUAAUAAUAAUGUACUAUAUUGUCCAAUUUGUUCAAUAUCAUUGGAUGGUAUUGAUAUAAAUCAACAUUUUUUCGAAGAAAUGCAUAAAAUUGAUUCAAUGAGAAAAUUACCAGAUUGGUCGAAUGAUCAACCAUCAUCAUCAUCAUCAUCAUCAUCAUCAUCAAUGAUCACUAAUCACCAUCCACCACCACCACCACCGCCAUCAUCAACUACACAAUCUACAACAUCAUCAUCAUAUCAGAAAAAAUUACAAUUACCACAAUCAAGAUGGGAAACAUUUCAACGUAUUAGACAGAAUCGUCAUACAAGACUUGCUGCAUUUAUGCGUUUAACAAGACGUAAAUAUGAAGCUGCUUAUGAAAUGCAAUUACAACAACAACAACAACAGCAACAACAAUCUUCAUUGUAUCCAAAUCAUCAUCUACCGAUUCAACCAUCAUCACAUCCUAAUCAUAAUAAUCAUCAUCAUCAUCAUUCACCAUCAUCACAACGUUCACCAAAUAUUAUUGGUACAUCAUCACAAGCUAGUCAUCCAUUACAACCACCAUCAACUAAUCAUCAUGUUAAUCAUUCAUCUGCUUUUAUUGGAUCAGAAACAUUAUUUGGACACAAAUCAUUAGAAUCAUCAUCAAAAUCAUUAUCAUCUAAUAAUAAUAAUCAUGGAUCAAUUAUUAAUCAUGAAUCAUUGCCAGCAGCAGUAGCAGCCGCAGCAGCAGCACCACUUCCGCCACCAACACUACCGAUUAUUCCUCAUCCUUCUCUUCAUCAAACAACACCAUCAUCAAUAUUGAAUAAUCGUAAUAUGUUAAAUUCACCGGAAGGACCAUCACCAUCAUCAUCAACAACAACAACACAAACACGUUCAUCACCGGUAACGGGAUCAUCAAAUUUAUCUACAACAACAACAACAGCAGCAGCUGCUGCUGCUGCUGCGGCUGCUGCCGCUUAUCAAGCUCAUUCAUUAUUUGCUCAUUCAAAUCAAUCAUUUUUACAUUCAUCAUUACCAUUUUAUCCUUAUCAUCCUCAUUCUCAUCCUCAUCCACAUCAUCAUCAUCAUCAUCCAAUGGGUGCUGCAUUUACAUCUGGUGCAUAUCCAGUUGGAUCGGGUACAGCGGCUGCAUUUCCAAAUACAGAAUCAUUUUUUCAUUCAAAUUCUACUGUGAAUAAUAAUAAUUCACCAGGAUUAUCAUCAUCAUCAUCAUCAUCAGGUUUACCGCAUACAACAACAGUACAACAACAACAACAACAGCAAACACAAUCAUCUUAUUCUGCAGUGAAAACAAAUCAAAAUGGACAACCAAAAAUUUGGCGUUCAAUCGAUACGGAUAAAUUGGAAAUCAUUAGUGAUUCUGAACAAGAGCAAAAUCGAUCGAUCGAUAAUCGUAAAGACGAUAAUAAUGAUGAUAUGGAAAAAUCUAGACCUAAUUCACAUAGUAAUGAUACUGAAUGUCAACAACAACAACAACAAAAACAGUCGACAAUAAAUUCAUUGGAUAAUGUAUCGAUAAAUCAUUCACCGGCAAAUUCAACACAUUCAUCACAGGAUAGUGUUAAUAAUAACCAUUUUUAA